AUGACUUUCGACUUGAUUACAACUUUUACAGCUUUGAAAAAAGAAAACGCUUCAAUUCAAAUACAAGGCCGAAUUAAUAUCGCCGCUUUUCACGACACUUUGAACAGCCUUGAUCGUUCAUCAACUUUCUUGGUCUCUGAAAGCGCUUUGAAAUGGGGUAGAACAGCAGAAGAGAGUCGAGAUUCGUACAAUUUCUUGUAUCUUUCUCUUUCUUACGAUUUGAACAUUGAGGGUGUAAAAAAAGCUCACGAAAUCAACAGCAAGCAUAAUGUUCAUCUUUAUAUGCUUAAAGUUGCCAACGAACGAUUGAAAACUCCGUAG